UGUGACGUCAUGACGCCAGUGCUCGGCCAACAUGGCUGAUAGCAUCCCGCUGAACCCGGUGAGGAAAAGCUCCAGGAGGGUCCCCAGUUACCACCCAGCCAGACUUUCCAGAUUCUCCUUAGAGGAUGAGCCGUCCAACCUGGACGAGAUGCCUCUGAUGAUGUCGGAGGAGGGCUUCGAGAACGACGAGAGCGACUACCAGACGCUGCCCCGGGCCCGAGUCCAGCGGGGGCGGAGAGGCCUGUGCUGCCUCCUGCUGGGCGGCUGGAAGCUGCUCUGCGGCAGCUGCUGCGACUGUCUGGCCCACAUCUGUUGGAGGAGGAAGGAGCUGAAGCCUCGGACGGUUUGGCUCGGCUGUCCGGAGAAGUGCGAGGAAAAGUACCCGAGAAAUGCCAUCAAGAACCAGAAGUACAACAUCUUCACCUUUGUGCCCGGGGUCCUCUACCAGCAGUUCAAGUUCUUCCUCAACCUGUAUUUCCUGGUGGUGGCCUGCUCCCAGUUUGUGCCAUCGCUGAAGAUCGGAUAUCUGUAUACGUACUGGGCCCCUCUGGGUUUCGUACUCGCCGUCACGAUGGUGCGGGAGGCCGUGGACGAGGUGCGACGCUGCCGGCGGGACAAAGAGAUGAACUCCCAGCUGUACAGCAAGCUCACCGUGAGAGGUAAAAUUCAAGUAAAAAGUUCGGACAUACAAGUCGGAGACCUGAUUAUUGUUGAGAAGAACCAGAGGAUCCCGGCGGAUAUGAUAUUCCUGAGGACGUCAGAGAAGGCCGGAUCCUGUUUCAUCAGAACCGACCAGCUGGACGGGGAAACCGACUGGAAGCUGAAAGUCGCCGUCGGCUGCACGCAGCGACUGCCAGCGGUCGGGGACCUGUUCUCCAUCAGCGCCUACGUUUACGCCCAGAAGCCCCAGCUGGACAUCCACACCUUCGAGGGCAACUUCACGCGGGAGGACUCGGAGCCCCAGGUCCACGAGAGUCUGAGCAUCGAGAACACGCUGUGGGCGAGCACGGUGGUGGCGUCCGGAACGGUGAUCGGGGCGGUGAUCUACACCGGCAAGGAGACGCGGAGCGUCCUCAACACGUCCUGCGCCAAGAACAAGGUGGGGCUCCUGGACCUGGAGCUGAACCGGCUCACCAAGGCCCUGUUCCUGGCCCAGGUGGUCCUGGCUGUCGUCAUGGUGACGCUGCAGGGGUUCGUGGGUCCCUGGUUCCGAAACCUGUUCCGAUUCGUCGUGCUCUUCUCCUACAUCAUCCCCAUCAGCCUCCGCGUCAACCUGGACAUGGGGAAGUCGGCGUACGGCUGGAUGAUCAUGAAGGACGAGAACAUCCCGGGAACCGUGGUGAGAACCAGCACCAUCCCGGAGGAACUGGGCCGGCUGGUCUACCUGCUGACGGACAAGACGGGAACUCUGACGCAGAACGAGAUGAUCUUCAAGCGGCUGCACCUGGGAACCGUUUCCUACGGCACCGACACCAUGGACGAGAUCCAGAGCCACAUCGUCCAGUCGUACGCCCAGGUGGCGUCCCAGCCGUCCAGCGGUGGCGCCGGCGCCGCCACGCCGUCCCGGAAGCCCGCCGCCGCCUCGGGCCCGAAGGUGCGUAAGAGCGUCAGCAGCCGCAUCCACGAGGCGGUGAAGGCCAUCGCGCUGUGCCACAACGUCACGCCGGUGUACGAGAGCCGCGCCGCCGGCAACGGCGAGACGGAGUCUGCCGAGGCCGACCAGGACUUCAGCGACGACAACCGCACCUACCAGGCCUCCAGUCCGGACGAGGUGGCGCUGGUCCGCUGGACCCAGAGCGUGGGCCUGACCCUGGUUAGCAGAGACCUGACCUCGCUGCAGCUGAAGACGCCGUCGGGACAGAUCCUGUCCUUCAGCAUCCUGCAGAUCUUCCCCUUCACCUCGGAGAGCAAGAGGAUGGGCAUCAUCCUGCAGGAGGAGUCGACGGGGGACAUCACGUUCUACAUGAAGGGGGCCGAUGUUGCCAUGGCGACCAUCGUCCAGUACAACGACUGGCUGGAGGAGGAGUGCGGGAACAUGGCCCGGGAGGGUCUGAGGACCCUGGUGGUGGCCAAGAAGUCCCUCUCCGAGGACCAGUACCAGGACUUCGAGAGCCGCUACGCCCAGGCCAAGCUGAGCGUGCAGGAUCGGGCCCUGAAGGUGGCGGCGGUGGUGGAGAGUCUGGAGAGGGAGAUGGAGCUGCUGUGUCUGACCGGCGUGGAGGACCAGCUGCAGGCCGACGUCCGGCCCACGCUGGAGCUGCUGAGGAACGCCGGCAUCAAGAUCUGGAUGCUGACGGGGGACAAGCUGGAGACGGCGACCUGCAUCGCCAAGAGUUCCCACCUGGUGUCCAGGAACCAGAACAUCCACGUCUUCAAGCCGGUCACCAGCCGCGGGGAGGCCCACCUGGAGCUCAACGCCUUCCGGAGGAAGCACGACUGCGCGCUGGUGGUGUCCGGAGACUCUCUGGAGGUCUGCCUCCGGUACUACGAGCACGAGUUCGUGGAGCUGGCCUGCCAGUGUCCCGCCGUGGUCUGCUGCCGCUGCUCCCCGACCCAGAAGGCCCAGAUCGUCCGGCUGCUGCAGCAGCACACGGCCAACCGGACCUGCGCCAUCGGAGACGGAGGAAAUGAUGUCAGCAUGAUCCAGGCGGCAGACUGCGGCAUCGGGAUCGAGGGAAAGGAGGGGAAGCAGGCGUCUCUGGCCGCCGACUUCUCCAUCACCCAGUUCAAGCACGUGGGCCGGCUGCUGAUGGUCCACGGCAGGAACAGCUACAAGCGCUCGGCGGCGCUGGGCCAGUUCGUCAUGCACCGGGGCAUGAUCAUCUCCACCAUGCAGGCCGUCUUCUCCUCCAUCUUCUACUUCGCCUCGGUGCCGCUGUACCAGGGCUUCCUCAUGGUCGGCUACGCCACCAUCUACACCAUGUUCCCCGUGUUCUCGCUGGUCCUGGACCAGGACGUGGCGCCGGAGAUGGCGCUGCUCUACCCAGAACUCUACAAGGACCUCACCAAGGGCCGCUCCCUGUCCUUCAAGACCUUCCUCAUCUGGGUUCUGAUCAGCAUCUAUCAAGGCGGGAUCCUGAUGUACGGAGCGCUGCUGCUGUUUGAGUCCGAGUUCGUCCACGUGGUGGCGAUCUCCUUCACAGCGCUGGUUCUGACGGAGCUGCUGAUGGUGGCGCUGACGGUCCGGACCUGGCACUGGCUCAUGGUUCUGGCCCAGUUCUUCAGCCUGGGCUGCUACCUGGCCUCGCUGGCCUUCCUCAACGAGUACUUCGGUUUGGGCCGGGUCUCCUCCGGAGCCUUCCUGGACCGGGCCUUCAUCUCCACCUGGCCGUUCCUGUGGAAGGUUUCGUCGGUGACUCUGGUCUCCUGCCUGCCGCUUUACCUGCUCAAGUACCUGCAGCGCAAGUUCUCCCCGCCCAGCUACUCCAAGCUGUCCACCUGACCCGGUACCGACCCGUACCUGGACCCGACCCGGUACCGGCCCGGGCCGGCCCUCCGGAUGCUCUGCACCUUUCCUUUCCCUCGGCUCGCCGACCCGGGUUCGGGUCCAGGUGACCCGCGCGGGUCCGGAAACCACUGGAAUUCUGGGAAACCGGCACAAACCAGGACUUGUUUGGGUUUUUCUCGCCACGACUCGGACCGAGAGACGGAGACGUUCGGCCCGUCGGGUCAGAACCGGGUCAGUCUGCCUUCUUUCUGUAUUAAAUCUCCGGGUCGACGGCGCCGCCUGCAGCUUUUCUACGUCCAGGACGAUUUUACGUUACUUUUUAUCGAUGGUAUUUCUGGGCGAGACGAGAAGCUCGCUCCUCGCUGCUUUGGUGACCUUUGACCUCAGCCCCCCCCCCGACCAGAACCAGAACCGCUCCUGGAGGAAUGAGUUUUAUCAUUCCCUCCGUUCAUGGUGAAACCUGCCGGAGCUGCAGUACCAGCGCCGACCACAGGGGGGCGGCGGACCCACGGAUUCUGAUCAUUCCUGAAGAUUGUAAAGUUUUUAAUUACUACUGAAGAAGAGGAGGUUUUUCUCGCCGUUGAAGGUUGAAACGUUACAAUCAUCCGAACAUUUUUUCCAGAUGCUUUUUCAACAUUUUUAACAGUUUGUGUUAUUUAUAGAAUUAAUUAAAAGAAGCAAUGAAUGUUGAUUUUUUUUUUUUUUUUUUAUGUUUCAUUUUUAAUUAAAAGACUUCAUAUCAAAA